CAGGAGCUUGUGUGAAGUGACAGGACAAACAUGCUUAACUUAAGGACUUGUGUGGCAAAGCUGAGGCCAUUGACGGCCUCGCAGACUGUAAAGACAAUUUCCCAACACAGGCUGGCAGCACCCAGGACGUUUCAACAGAUCCGGUGCUACAGCGCACCAGUGGCUGCCGAGCCCUUUUUGAGUGGGACUAGUUCAAACUACGUGGAGGAAAUGUAUUAUGCUUGGCUGGAAAAUCCCAAAAGUGUACAUAAGUCGUGGGACAUCUUCUUUCGCAACGCCAAUGCUGGAGCUGCUCCAGGCACCGCUUACCAAAGCCCCCCUCCACUCAGUACCAGCCUUUCCACGCUUACCCAAGCCCAGUUCCUGGGUCAAGCACAGCCCAACGUAGAUAAACUGGUGGAGGAUCAUCUUGCAGUACAGUCUCUCAUCAGGGCUUAUCAGAUUCGAGGGCAUCAUGUAGCACAACUCGACCCACUGGGCAUCUUGGAUGCAGAUCUGGACUCCUCCCUUCCAGCUGAUAUUAUCACAUCCACAGACAAAUUGGACCUCGCAGUGUUCAAGGAGCGGCUGAGAGUGUUAACAGUAGGAGGAUUUUACGGGCUAGAUGAAUCUGACCUCGACAAGGUCUUCCACCUGCCCACCACCACCUUCAUCGGUGGAAGUGAAUCGGCUCUUCCGCUCCGGGAAAUCAUCCGUCGGCUGGAGAUGGCCUACUGCCAGCACAUCGGCGUGGAGUUCAUGUUCAUCAACGACCUGGAGCAGUGCCAGUGGAUCCGGCGGAAGUUUGAGACUCCGGGCAUCAUGCAGUUCACCAACGAAGAGAAGCGCACGCUGCUGGCCAGGCUGGUCCGCUCUACCAGGUUUGAGGAGUUCCUCCAUCGGAAAUGGUCUUCAGAGAAACGUUUUGGGCUGGAGGGCUGUGAAGUGCUGAUCCCAGCCUUAAAGACUAUUAUCGAUAAGUCCAGUGAGAAGGGAGUGGAUUAUGUUAUCAUGGGGAUGCCCCACAGGGGACGCCUCAAUGUUCUUGCCAAUGUGAUCAGGAAAGAGCUGGAGCAGAUCUUCUGCCAGUUUGAUUCCAAGCUGGAAGCUGCUGAUGAGGGCUCUGGUGAUGUGAAGUACCACCUGGGAAUGUACCACCGGCGGAUUAACCGCGUCACUGACAGGAACAUUACCCUUUCCUUGGUGGCAAAUCCUUCUCACUUGGAAGCAGCUGAUCCCGUUGUUCAAGGCAAGACUAAAGCAGAGCAGUUUUACUGUGGGGACACGGAAGGCAAGAAGGUGAUGUCCAUCCUCCUGCAUGGGGACGCUGCAUUUGCUGGGCAGGGCAUCGUGUACGAGACGUUCCACCUGAGCGACCUGCCCUCCUACACCACGCACGGCACUGUCCACGUUGUGGUGAACAACCAGAUCGGCUUCACAACUGACCCCCGCAUGGCUCGCUCCUCCCCGUACCCCACCGAUGUCGCCCGCGUGGUGAACGCGCCCAUUUUCCAUGUCAAUGCAGACGACCCUGAGGCCGUUGUCUAUGUGUGCAACGUGGCAGCAGAGUGGCGAAGCACCUUCCAUAAGGAUGUGGUGGUGGAUUUGGUUUGUUACAGGCGCAAUGGUCACAACGAGAUGGACGAACCCAUGUUCACGCAGCCCCUGAUGUACAAACAAAUCCGGAAGCAGAAGCCGGUGCUGCAGAAAUAUGCAGAGCUGCUGAUUUCCCAGGGGGUGGUAAAUCAGCCGGAGUACGAGGAGGAAAUUGCCAAGUACGACAAGAUCUGUGAGGAGGCCCAUGCGAGAUCCAAGGAUGAAAAGAUUUUGCACAUCAAGCACUGGCUGGACUCGCCCUGGCCUGGUUUCUUCACUCUGGAUGGCCAGCCCCGGAGCAUGACCUGCCCUUCCACUGGUCUGAAUGAAGAGGACUUGACACACAUUGGCCAAGUGGCCAGCUCGGUGCCAGUGGAGGACUUCACUAUCCAUGGAGGUUUGAGCCGUAUUCUGAAAACCCGUGGGGAGAUGGUGAAGAACCGGACGGUGGACUGGGCCCUGGCAGAGUACAUGGCCUUUGGCUCCCUGCUCAAAGAUGGUAUCCACAUCCGCCUGAGCGGCCAGGAUGUGGAGAGGGGGACGUUCAGCCAUCGCCACCAUGUCCUGCAUGAUCAGAAUGUGGACAAGAGGACCUGUAUCCCCAUGAACCACCUCUGGCCCAACCAGGCUCCUUACACCGUCUGCAACAGCUCCCUGUCAGAGUACGGUGUCCUUGGGUUCGAGCUGGGCUUUGCCAUGGCCAGCCCCAACGCCCUGGUGCUUUGGGAAGCCCAAUUUGGGGACUUCCACAACACUGCUCAGUGCAUCAUCGACCAGUUCAUCUGUCCUGGACAAGCCAAGUGGGUUAGGCAGAAUGGCAUCGUCCUGCUGCUUCCCCACGGCAUGGAGGGCAUGGGUCCUGAGCACUCCUCCGCCCGGCCAGAGCGAUUCUUGCAGAUGUGCAAUGAUGAUCCCGACGUCUUCCCCAAACUGGAUGACUUUGACGUGCGCCAGCUCUAUGACUGCAACUGGAUCGUUGUGAACUGUUCUACUCCGGCCAACUUCUUCCAUGUCCUCCGGCGCCAGAUCCUCCUGCCCUUCCGCAAACCGCUGAUAAUCUUCACUCCAAAGUCUCUGCUGCGUCACCCCGAAGCUCGCUCCAGCUUUGAUGACAUGCUGCCAGGUACAAGCAGUGUGGAGGUGUCCGUUUCCCCCU